CGCUUUUCUUUCCUGCCUCUGCCUCUGCUGCUAUUUAUCCCUCUCCGCGCCAGCCGCGACCAGAAGGCAGCCACCGCAGGAGACGAGCAAGCCGCAGCACACCAACGCCUCCCGCAAUGGCGCGCGCCGGCGCUCUCUGCCUCGCGCUGCUCUGCCUCCUGGCCGCGCACUCCGCCGUGGCGCAGAAGUCCGCCACCCCCGCCCCGGCCGCCGCGCCGGCCGCCGCCACCACGCCGCCGGCCCCGUCGAAGAAGACGCCCGCGCCCGCCGCAGCUCCCCCCACCACCCCGGCCCCGGCCACCGCGCCGCCCACCACCCCGGCCACCCCUGCGCCCGCCGCGGCGCCGCCCACUACCACCACGCCUGCCCCUGCCGCGGCGCCGCCCAAGUCCUCCCCCAAGGCGGCCACCCCCGCCCCGGCUCCCAAGGCCAAGGCCACCCCGCCCGCCACCCCACCAGUGGCCGAGCUGCCCCCUGCUGCCACACCCCCCGCCCCAGCAGCGGACACCCCCGCCGCCGCGCCCACCAAGCCCGCCGAGGUCCCCGCCCCCGCCCCGUCCAAGAAGAAGAAGAAGUCAUCCUCCUCCAAGAGCAAGAAGAAGAAGAGCAAGGCCCCCGCCCCAGCCCCCGUCGCCGAGGCCCCCACCACCUCCAAGCACUCCAAGGCUAAGGCACCCGCGUCCAGCGAGGCCGACGCACCCGGCCCGGCCGGCGACGGCGUCGCCGCCGAUACCGCGGGUGCCGGAAGGACCGUGGCAGGCGGCAUCAUGGCGGCCGUGCUGGGCCUCGCCGCCCUCCUCGCCUAGAGACACGGACGCCGAACGCACGCGCGCGGUAGCGGCACGACCGGGUCCGCCGCGCCUCCGGCCGACGGGACGACGCGCCCCGCCACACGCCCACACGACAGAAUUAUGCGGCCGCCGUGCCGGACGGCUUGGCCGGAGCUCGCGUGCCACCCCGUUUCCGCGCCCGUGUUCCUGUCCAUUUUUUUUUCUCUCUAACAGGCUGGGCGGGACCACACGCCUCUCCUGUGUGUAGUUCCACUCACGUUUGGUGAUACGCCACCCACCUCGGAUUCUUUCUUCUUCUUCUUCUUACUGUACUGCUACGGUGCUACCCUCAUUGAGAUGAUUUAUUUAUAUCUUUAUUAUAUAUCACUGUCAUUGUAUGAUGCCGCCCUUGUUUAAUUUAAUCAUAGAUCUGUCUUCUCUCA